CUCGCAGGGUGAGCACUCUCUCCACGUUGACACACCCCUCAAACUUGGACGUGGAUGUCCGCGCUGCUGAUUGGCUGGCGGCGAGGCGACUGACAACACCUGCUUCGCCGAUUCAUCAAACAGUGACACGCGGCCCUCGGCGAGAUAUAGGCGGCAAACCGCGCGCGCUUCCACGCUCACUAAACUCCCGCGUCCGUCCGGCAACACAGCAUACCUCUCGGUCUCUCUCUCCCCUUCUGUCUCUCUCUCCCUCUCUCUCUCUCUCUCUCCCUCUCUCUCUCUCCCUCUCUCUACCUCUCCCUCCUUCUCUCUCUCUCUCUCUCUCCCUCUGUCCUCGGGCUUUUUUUUUUUUUUUUGCAGCAAUGCUGAUCGCGGUGCUGCUGCUCGUGCUCUCCGUGUCGGCGCGAGCGCACGGAGGAGCGGAUACUGCUGACGCGCACGAGGGUCACGCGGAGAAAGCGGCGAGCCAGAAAGGACGGCUGUCCCUGCAGAACACAGCUGAGAUCCAGCACUGCCUGGUGAACGCUGGUGACGUGGGCUGCGGCGUUUUUGAGUGUUUUGAGAACAACUCGUGCGAAAUCCGCGGACUGCAGGAGAUCUGCAUGACCUUCUUGCACAACGCUGGCAAGUUCGACUCCCAGGGCAAGUCCUUCAUCAAAGAUGCACUGAAAUGCAUGGCCCAUGGCCUGAGGCACAAAUUCAGCUGCAUCAGUCGAAAAUGCCUGGCCAUAAAGGACAUGGUGUUCCAGCUGCAGCGAGAGUGUUACAUGAAACACAACUUGUGUUCGGCGGCUAAGGACAACGUUAAUGUCAUUGUGGAGAUGAUCCACUUCCAGGACUUAUUCCCUAAAGGGCCAUACGUGGAGUUGGUGAACAUCCUGCUGGGCUGUGGAGAAGAAGUGAAGGAGGCCAUUGGCCGAAGCGUGCGGGCGCAGUGUGAGCAGCAUUGGGGUGCACUCUGCGAAACUCUAAGCUUCUGCUCCUCUGCGCCCCCCUCAGGCAGUCCUGAGCGCCGUCCUGCCAAUCCCUCAAACCCCGAACACGAUCACCUGAGAGCCUCGCGGCAAGGCGAUAAAGAGAAGCCCGCAAAAGGGGGCUCCGGAGCGCACCCCAGGGGCCGUGGCCAAGGUUCCCGAAGGGCUAGUCUGGACGCAGCCAUGGCUGAGCAGGAGGACCCUGAGACCACUGACAUUCGGAGGUGAAGGGACAGAAAACUACAGUACUGCCUGUGACAUCAUCACUCCAGUCACCCCCAGCACAGACUGAGCAACAAAAAAAUGGGCACACUGACAAAAACAGUGCUUUGAAUUUGCUUGCUUCAAAAGCAUAUGCCAGUUUCACAAGAAUAAAGUACGGAAGCACCUGAACAAACAGACUUUUUUUACACCGUUUAAAAAUACCUGCUGCCUUUUGUACUGUGUGCAUAUUUCAUGAUCAGAGGACCAAGCGAAAAGGUCCAAAACUAGUUGAAAUACCAUCUAAUUACAGUAGCAAGCAUUAAAGUGAAGCACCAUUAAGUUACAUACAUUGUUGUCUUUCAGUUUACUUUCUUUAUGUAAUAUUUUAUUCAUGUGAGGCUGGCCAGUAUUUGAAUCAAGUAACCUUGACGCACUGUACUUUUUCAGUACAGUCCUCAACCAGUGAAGCUCUCCUCCUCUCCUUUCUCCUCUACAAGUCAUUCCAGCACUACCAGACUGUACAUUUUUUGCAGGGUAUUUGUGAUGUAGCUCAUUUUGAUACUGCAGAUUUCAUAGGAUGGAUAGUUCUUUCUUUGUCCUCACAGCAGUGGUUAUGGUUCAGCUCUAACAUAGCGUUUCUACUUUUCAGAUCAUACCCUCUGUAAGAAUUGAUCUCUUGUUAUUUAUUUUAUUCUUUAUGCAAUGUUUGAAUAUAAAAAUGUACAUAUAAAUCCAUGUAUAUCUAUAUUUAUAUAAACAUGUAUAAAUAUAGUCCUCGUAUGCAGUACGGAUAUACUAUAUGUAAUAUAGUAUAUAUACUAAAUAUAGAAUGCUUGUUGUAUCAAUCACAUUAUUGCACCUACUACAAUCGAACUGUAGAUAUGUAACAUAUAUAUAUUUUUUGUUGGUUUCAAAGUUGGAAAUGUGUGUAUUGUAAUUUUAAAUACUUGUUGAUUAAAUAUAAACUGUACAGUAAAGUCCAGGUCUGGCACAUAACAUGGGCAUGAGAUAAUUAAUACAAGUCAAGCUGAUAGCCUUACAGCAUGCCUACACUUUUACUCUCCAAGGGCAUCCAAAUUCAUAUUAUAAACUGUAAUGCACCUCAUUCAGGCUCUGCACAGACAUAUUUAUAUUCACACACCUAACUGCAGUUAACUUGAGGCAAUCAGAGUCACUCUCCAAUCCCAGAAUGAUGAAGUAUGUAUGAUUAUAUCGCUAAUGUGUCACUUAUGCACAGCUUGGGACUUAACCCCAAACACAUUAGUCUGACACAGGAACGCAGCAGCUCGCAGAGUGUGUCAUGGAAAGCCAGGCUGCCUGCGUUUGGGCCAACUCUUCAGACAGCCACGCCGGUUCCAAGUUAAAAAAUAGCAAUUCUCUCUCUCUUUAAGCCGCUGAAAAGAGGCAGUGGUUGGAGCCAUAGUAAACUGGCCUUAGAGCCAGAAACUGGGUUAAAUCGACACAAGAAGCAAAAGCUAUUACUGAUACUACUGUCGAGAACAUGCCACAGCGGCCUUGACUAGAAAAGGGGUUUAUUAAGAAGUUUAGAGGUACAAAUACAGCAGUUUAGAGGAAAAAAAACAAGUUGUACCUCAUCAACAGCAUGACUUAAGUCUUUCAAUUUGC